GUCUGACUCGCGGAUCUGCGAAGAUCACCUGCUGACCUUUGCUCGUCAAGGCUUGCGCACUUUGUGCCUGGCAGAGCGGAUGCUUACCGAGGAGGAGUAUCAGGACUGGUGCAAACGGUACUCGGCUGCGAAGGCACUGAUCACAGAGGACAAAGCGGACAAGAUCCACGAGUUGUGCAUCGAGAUCGAGACGAGCCGGCCCUGCAGAUUGCUGGGAGCCACUGCCAUUGACGACAAGCUGCAGGAUGAGGUGCCCGAGACCAUCGAGCAGCUGAGAUUGGCAGGCGUGCGAGUCUGGGUGCUCACCGGUGACAAGGUGGACACGGCCAUCAGUAUCGCCAUGUCCUGCAAACUUCUCACCGAAGCCAUGGACAACUUUGUCAUCGACAACAACACCGAGGACCAGCUCACUGACAUCCUGAAUGCUGCGCUGGAAGCCGAGAAUCCGGCUUUGACAAUUGCAGGUUCGAGGCUGGCCGAAGCCAUGGAAUGCCCCGAAAGCCGCGCGCAGCUGUUCCGAGUGGGACAGCGCUGCAGGUCAGUGGUGUGCUGCCGCGUGUCGCCAAAGCAGAAGGCGGAUGUCGUAGAUUUGGUCAAGACCAUGGACAAUUCUGCGGUGACUCUUUCAAUUGGCGACGGCGCCAACGACGUUUCCAUGAUCGUGGCUGCCCAUGUUGGAGUGGGCCUCAGCGGAAAGGAAGGCGCGCAAGCCGCCUACGCAGCGGACUUUGCGCUCCCAGAGUUCCGGUUACUCAGGCGAAGCGUGUUCGGCCACGGCCGGGAGGCGUACCGAAGGAAUGCAGUGAUCUGUAUUUACAGCUUCUACAAGAAUCAGGUGAACGUGUUGAUCACCAUUUUGGCCGCAGCUGGGAAUGCCUUCUCCGGCGCCAAUGUAGUGAACCCCUGGUUGAUGCAAUGCUUCAACAUUGUGCACUGCCACACGCCGAUCAUCAUCUAUGGCAUGUACGACAGGUCCUCGGAUCUGAGCGACUUGGAGCGGGAUCCGAACGGUCAUUCCCCCCACUUGUUCGGCUUUGACAUUCAGCUGAUGUGGAUGCUCACCGCUUUGCUGCAAGCGAUCAUUGUCACCGGCGGAUGGUCCACCAUCGGGGGCAUGGCAGGCAGUAGCGGCCCAGAUCUGUCGCACACGAGCCUUCUGGGGAAUCUGUGUUUCGCUUCCAUCGUCCUUUGCGUCAACGUGGUGCUGAUGUUCCGUCAGAACAGCUGGCCAAAGAGCAUCAUCGCCUGCUACGUGGGCAAUGGCAUUGGUCUGGUGGUGACGAUGAUGAUCUGUGUGCCGAGUUUAUCUCAGGUCCUUACCGGCGGCAACUGGAUUCGGGUCGGUUUGACCAUGCUCGUCAUCCUAGCUCUGACCACAGCUGUGGGUGAGAUCAUCGUCUUUGCCACAGAGGUACUGUUUUCACAGGAUCCGAUCGCAGAGCCAAGGCCGGAAGAUUUCGCUGGCAGCGUGGUCUCCAGCGCCUCGCAACCCCUGCGCCCGCUGCCCGAACCGCUGGAGCGGAAGCGCCGCAUGUCCUUGGGCUACGCCUUCUCAGAGGAGCCUUGGGCGAAGUCACAAACGUAA